CGGGAUCUGACAUGCAUACUGACACCUACGGUCAAGACUUCCUAAUCCCCUUGGUCCGGCUGUAUUAGAGGAAUGCUCGCCCGGCCAACUAACAGUCAUUUCUGACUGCUGUCACAUCACACAUCACGAAGUCCAAGAUGCACUUCCACACAGUCACACUCGUGCUGAUGAGCUUGGCAAGUAUACCUGCAUCUGCCGAGUCAAGCUCAUCACCAUCCUACCCCGAAUGCGCUCUCUCUUGCAAGCAGCAAGUACUCACCGACUAUAAACCAUCAUGCGCAGACACAGACACCUCAUGUCUCUGCGCCGAUACCCACUACCAGACUAUCUUUGCCGAUUGUGUCUCGGCCGAUUGUACCACUAGAGAAUCGCUAACGGCCAAAUAUGUUGGUUCUCGAGAAUGCGAUAUCCCCAUCGUGCGACGAUAUCCGGAAGUAGAUGCUGCCACGCUUGUUCCGUUCAUUAUCGCUACGAUUCUUUUUGGGAUCAGGAUAGCGGCCAAGGCUAUGUGUCUCGGUGGUGGUUGGGGACCGGAUGAUGUUACGAUUUGCAUUGCAUAUGCACUGGCAAUAAUUAUAUUCUCACUAAACACUUCAAUGGUCCAUUACGGCUUCGGAAUGAACACAUGGGACAUCUACCCACUAGACAACAUCACAAAAGCAAUGAAGCGCUUCUACGCCUUCGUCCUCUGCUACAAAGCCCUCAUCUCCCUCGCCAAAAUCUCCGUCUGUCUAUUCCUCCUCCGAAUCUUCCAGUCCACCGUCUUCCGGUACACCACAUACACCAUGAUUGCCGUCAACGCAGCCAUCGCCAUUGCGUGGAUCUUCGCAGACGUCUUCCACUGCAUGCCCAUCCACCUGGCGUGGACGGGAUGGGAGGGCGAAGAGCAAGGAAAGUGCAUUGAUUUCGUCACCUCGACGUUUGUGAAUGGCUAUGUGAAUAUCGUGGUGGAUUCGGUGAUGGUGACGAUGCCGGUUUACGAGGUGUUGAAGUUGAAUCUGUCGUUUCAGAAGAAGAUGGGGGUUGCUUUGAUGUUUGCUGGUGGGCUAGUGUUAACGAUAAUCGGAAUCGUCCGAGUCAUCGUCUUCUCCCGGAACGACUCCAACGCCAACCCCCUUUACGAAAUGGAAGCCCUAAACCACUGGUCCGUAAUCGAAUGCCAAAUCGCCAUCGUCUGCGCCUGUCUCCCCACCACGCGCGCCAUGCUCGUGCGCUUCUUCCCCAGCGUCCUGGGUCUCUCCACCGAACAAGCACUGCCGUAUACUAAUGCCGGCUCGAGUCGGGGUGGCGCUAAUGGGUCGCGACAGGUGGGCGAGAAGAGCCAGAUUUCCAAGCGGGUCUCGUAUGCGGUUGACUAUGGGACGAAGCAGAAGAGGGAUUCGGGGAAGUUCAUACAGCUGGUGGAGGUUGGGGCGGAUAAGAGUUGAUGUGAGGGUGUUUGAUGGCUGUUUUGAUAUGUGUGUACUUUAGUGUGUUAUGUAUAUAUGGUAUAUUAUAAUUAAUUAUGAUUUAUGAAGUU